GUUUGACAGACGUCUGUGAAAUCGGAGAGACUUCAGAAGAUCCGGAUCUGAUCCCUAUCAGGAACUUCAUCAGCUCAGUUCAGCACAAAGUGAACGAUGAAGGUCCACAUCAUCCUCCUGUUGUUGGCGCUGGUGUUGACCUUCGGAAAUAAGUCCUUCCUACCACGGGACUGCAGUGACAUCCAUCACCAGAACACAACCCAUCCCAGUGGAGUGUAUGUCAUCUAUCCCAUCAGAGCCACAUCUCGUGUGGAGGUGUACUGUGACAUGAAUUCACAGGGGGGACGUUGGACAGUGUUCCAGAAGAGAGUGGACGGCAUGGUGAACUUCUACCAGCCCUGGGAUCGCUAUAAGAUGGGCUUCGGCAGCGCCGCUGGAGAGUACUGGCUUGGUCUUGACAACAUCCACCACCUGACGUACCUGCGAAAGUCUGAGCUUCUGGUCCUGAUGGAGGAUUUCUCUGGAAAUCAAGUCUACGCUCGUUACAAGUCGUUCUCAGUGGAUGAAGCAUGUGAUGGCUACAGAAUGCACGUGUCAGGAUUCAUUAACGGAGGGGCAGGAAAUUCCCUGACUCAUCAUAAUGGAAUGAAAUUCUCGACAUUUGACAAAGACCAAGAUACCUGGUCAAAAAGUUGUGCUAAAGUGUACUAUGGAGGAUUCUGGUAUGGUAGCUGUCACUAUGCUAACCCUAACGGGAUUUACCGCUGGGGUAGUGAUAACUCAGUGUCUGCAGUUGGAGUGGUGUGGUACCACUGGAAGGGUUAUUACUAUUCUCUGAAAUCCAUCCAGAUGCAGAUCCGUCCUGUUGCUUAGACCUGCUCCACCCUCAUUAAUCCAAAUCUUUCUGGAAAAAAUUCAAAUCAGUUAUAUCUGUUGUUGUUUUUGAUUGUAAAAGGGGCAUUGCAGGGGGUCCCCUCCCUCAGGUUGAGAACCAUGGACCUUGAAGACAGAGUACAGAGAUUUAAAUUUGUCCCACUGAGUCCAAUAUCUCUACGGCGCCCACCACUGACAAUUCAGAAUAUGGUCAUGAAGCCCCUUUAAGCUUUUGAGAUUUGAUUAUUUCUCUGCUGUGGC